CCUCCGCUCCCGAUCGUGCUACUCUCUGCCCUCUCGGAGGCAGCUGUAGGCGAUAAAAGCAGAGGGAGGGUUCCGGCUCCGAGAGACGACUUCUAGCUGUGUUCGUGAACGGGAGUCAUUCGGUCAAGUGCCACCAUUCGGAGCGACCACGACCCGGGUGUCAUCAGAAAGACAGAACGUCAGGCAUCCCCCGCUGCGCCUCGGAUAAUCCUUUUCAUGAAUGGCGAUGUCUCUACAGGAUCUCACCGGCGUCUUGGUGCAGGCUCUGUGUCAGGACCAGGUCAACGUGAAGGAAGCCGAAGCGAAAUUGUCUAGCUUCGAGGUGCAGCCGGGCUAUCAUCAGGCGUUGGCGACAGUAUUCCGAAAUGCAGAAAUUCCGGAGCAAGUUCGGUGGAUGGCAUUGGUGUGUCUCAAGAAUGGCGUUAACAGAUACUGGCGGAAAAACGCGCCCGGUGCAAUAGCGGAUACCGAGAAAGCCGUGAUUCGAGAUAUGCUCCUUCAGUCGUUGACGACUACCCUCGGACAGCAGUUGGCGCUGCAGUUGGCCCUUGUGAUAGCGAAGGUGUCGAGAUACGAUUUCCCUGGUGAUUGGCAAGCCGUCGUGCCGCACCUCAUGAACCAUCUUGACUCACCGUACGGCUACCAAUGUUCUCUGGCUCUCUACCAUUUUAUCAAGAGUCUAACAACCAAGCGAAUCCUCAGUGAUCGGUACGUGUUCUACGAUGUUUCCUCCAGGAUGUUCUACCCCAUCGUCGCAUGUUGGAGGGCCACAACGCAAGCGUUCCUCGCCGAAAACGUCGACGUCGACUUGCUCCAGAGAUCCUUGCUCUCACUGAAGAGCAUCAAGUUGUUACUGGUGCACGGACAGAAGAAAGGAGUCGAAGAGAAACUGGCAGCCUGUUUCGAAGACAUGUUCAACUGGCUGCUCACCAUGCUGAAGUGCAGAGCCUUCUGUGGGGAGCGGGAGCCGUACGCGACGCUGCUCACGAAGUGGUGCCUCCAAUGCUCGAAAGUCUUCCUAGAGGUCCAGUACCAGCACACAUCCGCAUACAUACCGUACGUUAAGGGCUCAUUUUCACUUGCGGUCCAGUUCGCGUUCAAUCAAGAGUGGCGUGGAGUCAUGUUCGAGAGGUGCCUAGUCAACACAUUCAAUCUCCUCAAGUCGUGCAUCACCGAGCCAGCCUACAGAGGAGAGCAAGCCGAACAAGCGGCAAGGGAAACGGGUGUCUACGAAGGUCGAGACCUCCCGGAUCAAGUGUCAGGAACAGACCUUGUCCUGGAAUUUUUCACCGAUAGCAUGGUGGCCGAGUUCUUGCAGAGAUUGAUCCUCGAUUUCUUCCCGGUGUCCCAAGCGGAACUCGAUGAGUGGCAAGCUAACCCCGAGGAAUUCGCCGCCGAACAAGGCGGGGAUCUCUGGAGAUACUCGAUCAAGCCAUGCACUGAGAGUUUAUUCGUAACGUUGCUCAGAAUAUUCCGUGAGGUCGCCGAACGAGAAGUUGUGAGCCUGGUCAGCCAGAUCCAGCCGUUACAAGUCGAACCCACGUUCGCAGAAGCUCAACGUCGCCAAGCGACCUACACCGCGGUGGGUCUUGCUCCGUACAUGCUGUACGAUCAUCUGGACUUCGAUAAGUGGUUCCUAGAGUUUCUCAUUCCGGAACUCAGAGUCAACCACAAGAACUAUCUCAUCGUGCACCGGACUAUUCUCUGGAUGCUCUCUCAAUGGUCAGACAUCAAACUCUCGGAAAGACACCGUCCACUGCUGUACGAGACACUGGCGGCGUUCGUGGAGCCCGACAAGGAUCUUGUCGUUCGGCUGGCCGCGUGUCAAGCAACGAAGGACGUCGUGGACGACUUCGUGUUCAUUGCGGACCAAUUCGCCCCCUAUCUAGACUUCUACAUGAAGGCGAUAUUCCAGCUUCUCACCGACCUCCAGGAUUGUCAGGGUAAAAUGGUUGUCCUCCAAACGACGACUUUCAUCGUGGAACGGAUGGGCAAACGAUGUGAUCCUUUCGCGGAGAGAAUCGUUGCGUUCGUACCGCUGCUCUGGACUGAGUCCAGUGAGCACAUCAUGCUACGCGUCGCAAUCAUCAGCCUCCUAACACGAAUCAUCGACAACAUGCAAGCAGUCGACGCGAGUCUUUUCCCGACAACGUUGAGCAUUAUCGCGCACAGCGUCAAUCCAGAUGAGCCCCAGCAGGUUUUCCUGCUCGAGGAAGCGCUCGAUCUCUGGCGAGCCGUGCUGGAAGCGGUCCGAGAGGGGGACCCGGAGACGAAUUUCUGUCUCCUGGAACUGACCCGCUUCAUCCUGCCGAUUGUCGAGAUGGGCAGCGAUCACCUCGAGGCCAUCACAGGAAUUCUGAAACUCCACAUCGUCCUUUUCAAAAUGGACUUCUUGCAGCGCUAUCCGGAGCAGCUCCGCGACGUCCUGUGUAGCUCCUUCGUCGAACUCAACAUCACUGGUUGCAUGUUGAUUCUCAAAGUUGUGGAUAUGGCUAUCCGGGUAGCACCUGUCGAGUCCGUGAAAUUGUUCUAUCCAUUGAUUGGAUACGCCCUGGAGGAAAUCGUGGAAGAGUCGCACACGCGUGAAUAUACGAACGUCUCAUUUUCGAUCUGGUGCAGGGUGCUGCUGUACGCCGAGGUGGCGGCGAUGGACUUGUUGCGGGACAGGGCGGCGGCUAAACAGUCGACUCCCGAGGCUCAGAUGCGACUCGUCAUGGAUUGUUGGAUGAAGAAAAUGGGAAAUAUCAGCGUGGUGCAAACGCAGAAACUGAUGGCCAUCACGCUGCUGAGACUGCUGGUCGACUAUUGGAACUGGAGCGACAUCAUGUACAAAAAUGUCUGCGCGAUCGCUCUCGCUGUUUGUGAACUCCUCAACGACAUAACCGAAGUGGCCGAGGACGGAACUCAGACCGAUUCGCUGCUCAUCCCGGCUGAUAGUCCGGAGUCUGUAAACGCCGAGGUCGAACUAGACCAAUCUUGCCACAGCGCACGCAUGUUCCAGAUUAUCAAGAAAGACGUCGCGCACACUAUCGUACUCUCGGACUUCCUGCUUCAUCAGAUGCGGGCGCUGGCGGAGAAAGUUGGCCCUCAGAAGUUUGAGGAAGUCCUCCAAGAGAUCGAUUGUGAAACGCGGGACAUGCUCGAGAGCUACACUAAGACGGGAAUGUUUGCCAGAAAUAAAUAUACUUGUUAA